UUACAAUCAAUUUUCGAUUGAUAAUGAUCAUAUCAUUGAUUUUACUAAUACAAUUAAUCAAAUUGAAUGAAUGUUUACCGGGAAAAAUUGUUAAAAAAGAUAAUAGUGAUGAAUAUAUGGAUUAUGCACAUAAACGAACAAAAUUAGAUCCAGAUACAUUAUCAUUUAUGAAUGAAUAUAAUCGUAAUGUUAAAAAAAAUCGUCGUGGUGUUUAUAUUGAUUCAUUUGAUAAAUUACCAAUUCAUCAUCGAUCAUUAAUCGAACAACAACAACAGCGACAAUCAAAUGGAAUUAAUAUGCGAUCAAUAGUGCAUGGUUUUACAAUAACCGGUAUGUUAUUAGCAUCAAUAUUUUUUAUCGUAAUGAUGGUAAUGGCAUCAAAAGAAUGUCUACGUACAAUUGAAACAACAACUGCUAUCAUUUGAAAACAAACGAGGGCGGACAAUGACGCAAAAUUUUCUCUCAUUGCUUUCA